AUGCUGACACGACUUCUUCUCGUCGCCGCUGCGGCAACAGCCAGCGCAUUGCCCUCCUGCAACAAAAACAACAACACCAGCGGUCCCGGCAAGAUGCUCAACUCUGCCAAGCUCCUCAUCACCUCUCCGGGCAAAAUCUCCAUCGCUGACUUUGAUGGUACCAAGUUUGACAUCAAGAGCACCAAGGGUGUCUCUGGCAACCCGACGUGGGUGGCCUUUUCACAGCCAAACACCUUGUACGCCGUGGACGAAAACAGCGAUACCACCAGUCUCCUGAAAGUUGAUCUUGCGGGAAACAAGAUUGACCAGCUGAGCUCCACAAAGGGCAGCAGCGGCGUUGUCCAUCUUGAACUUACAAAGGACAAGUCGCAGAUGGUUGGUGCAGGCUAUGGGAGCAGCAACAUUGACAUCUUCGACAUCUCCAACGGCGGCUUGAAGUUCUCCAAGGCCAUCAAGUCGGACGACAAGGUCGGCCCCAACACUGCCCGCCAGGAGAAGCCGCACCCUCACCAGUCCCUCCUGGAUCCUUCGGGCCGUUUCGUGGCAGUCAACGACCUCGGCACCGACAAGGUUCUCAUCCUCGACUCCCAAAAUUCCUUUGGCAUCGUCAACCGCGUCCCCGUUGAGCCCGCGGGCUGUGGCCCCCGGCACGGAGCCUUUUUCCCCGCCGGAGCCAACAAGGCGACGCACUACAUUGUUCUUUGCGAGAUCAAGAACCUCGUCGUGGUGUAUUCCCUCAAGUACGGCGGCGACAAGGGCAUCGAGUUUGUGCCGAAGCAGACUAUCUCGACCUUCGAGUCUCAGGAGGCCACGCCCGCUGAAGCUGCCGCCGGAGAACUCGUGCUUGCUGCGGAUAACAAGAACGUCUAUGUGUCAAAUCGCUUGACGGGCGGGCAGACGGAUAACAUUGCGAAUUUCCGCAUUGCCCAGAAAUCCGACGACCUCAAGUUGGAGCUUGUGGGCUUCACGUCCACUGGAGGAAAGCGGCCUCGCAUGUUCAGUGCCUCCAUGGACGGCCAGCAUCUGUUUGUUGGAAACCAGGACGGCGCGCUGGGUGUUGUGGCCUUGAAGCGAAAUGCAGACGGUACACUGCUUGAGAAGCCUGUGGCGAGCCUUGAUAUGAGUCUGUUCCCGGGAGCGUUGGCUGGUCCUGCCUUUGUGCAGCAAGUUGCUUGA